AUGAAGAAGACUCACAUGUCCGGUGAAUCUGUGAAGGAAUCUGUGAGUGACCGGGCCAAAGCCGACAGUUUCUCCCCCUUCAUCUUCAAAUUGGAUCACCGUUUCUCUUCCCUUCAUUCCGUCAUCAAUGGCCAUUCGAUGCCGAGAUGGUUUCGGAGAGAAGCACCUGAGCGAGAGAGAAAGCUCGACGUCUCCAAACUCCCACGAAUGGCGCCAACUCGCAAAUGCGCCUUCCCUCAUAUCCAUCUCGACGUCAUGGGUGGCGAUCAUCGAGCCCCUCCUUCUCUUUGUCCAACCUGGUCGAUGUGUCUCCGCAUUUAUUCCUAUACGAGAAAACUGGUUGAGAUACGGCGUCUUCUCUGGUGAGACGAACACUCAUAUCAGUAACAGGAGGAGGAGAAAAUGCGAAAAAGUGAACUUUGAAAUUUUCCAAAGUUCAGAUGAUUUCCCUUCGUUUCAAAGAGGCCUUCCCAAUGAAUCUUGAUUUUCGUGGAAUGAUUCCGUGGCAUCGGCCAAAUGCACUUCAUCUCGAGGAAAUCACUCCCCAUGCUUAAGCAAGGCACACAUUCAAAAAAAAG